AUGGAUCCGAAAUCGGAGUCGGGUCCGUACCCGCUGCUAAAGAGGUAUCCACUUCGAGGUCACACACUGCGAAAGAAGGGUUUUGAGGGUUUUCAACUUUGCUCUUUCCUCGUCAGUUUCUUCUUCUUCAGCUCCAAAGAUGAAGCUCGUCAGUAUGGAAUCCAUUCCCAUUCUUUAGCGUCUGAGCUGAUUUUGUGGUUUUCUGGAUUUUGUUUGAUCGGAUCGAGUAGGUUUUUGAUGAAGUUGAACAAUGAAACUGUGUCGAUCGAGCUGAAGAACGGGACUGUGGUCCAUGGAACCAUCACUGGUGUUGAUGUGAGCAUGAACACUCACUUGAAGACAGUUAAAAUGAGUCUGAAGGGGAAAAACCCAGUAACAUUGGAUCAUCUAAGCUUGAGGGGUAACAAUAUCCGCUACUACAUUCUUCCUGAUAGCUUAAACUUGGAGACAUUACUUGUGGAAGACACUCCUAGAGUUAAACCUAAGAAGCCUAUUGCUKGUAAUGCUUCAUUCAUUUGGAUGAAAACCUGUUGGACGCGGUCGUGGGCGUGGGCGUGGCAGCGCCAGAGGCAGAGGCAGAGGUCGUUAGAUGUAGCAAUGCACUGGAAAGGCUUAAGGUGA